ACAAAUGAUUAUUGCCGGCGCUAUAACCCUAUCGGCACUACAAUAUAUAUCUAUAGAAUUAAAACUCAUUGAAUCAUUUGGGAUGAUGUUAUGAAUUAAGAGGUCUCUCACCACAAAAUGUUUCAUUCGCUUCAAAUCCAAGUGAACAACAAAUUAGGAGACAUUUGCCACGACAUCCAUACCCCGGACCUCCUGUUCAGCAAACAACCGCUAACUGUCACUGACUUCGAGCACAAGUACUUCACGUUUAAGAUGUCAACUGAUAGUAGCGAUGAGUGUGACAUCGAUACCAUUGUGGAGGUGUUGGUACACAAUGAGAGCUCAGGUGCUCAACAGUUCAGUAGUGCUAAGACUCCCGAAGAAGUCAUUCGUAUUCAGCAAUUGGAACGACAGCUCAGAAGUGCUCAUCAUUUCAAUCCCAGUACUACUGAUCCCAAUGCUCCACAUCCCAGCACUUCAAUGGACCCACACAUGGAUGUCAACCAACUGCUCGACGAAAAAGACAUGCGGCUAUUCAAUGGACCGGAUAGUCAAGUGCCCACACAUACGGCGCACACACCUUAUGUGAACCCCACACCCAAUACGGACUCAAUGGCAAUGCUGCCGGUUAUGAGUCCCACCCCUUCGGACACGUGUUUAUUGCGCACAGAGUUCGGGGAAAUGGUUCUCAACAGUCCGGGACAGCCAUUCAGUCCCGACUCAGACAUGUCUGCAGUGGGGUCGCCAUCACAUCCCAGGAAUCGCGGGAACUCGUCGUCCGAAUCCAACCCAAGUUUGGGUGUCUUCUCUGAACCGGAAUCCCCGGCCAGACGUGUGCGACAACAACAGAGACCAUACGAGCGCUCGCAGACCUAUCCCUUCGCUUCAACCGACUCUACGGGACAGUCAUUACUGCCCUUCGGACAGGCCUUCCCCUCCCAGAGGCCGCACUCCAGUAGUGUGUCUCAAGUAUACGACACGACCGCACAGUCAGGUGCCGGUGCUUACCGUCGCUUCCAAUCACAAUACCAGCCGCCACUGAGGGAGCGCUCCAUAUCUGAACCGCAACAGGUGUCGGGGCUGUUGACGGCCGCACCCGCGAGCAAUAGGGGCCGGCCCUGUAAGAGAGGUCCCGGUGCUCGCGGGCCUAAGAGGGCGGCUGACAGGCGGAGGGAAGAACAGGAGGCCAUCGAUGAGCAGGUGUUCGUCAACAGAGACCUCAACCAACGGAUGCAUGACUUGCAGAGCGAUAUCAAUUAUCUGCUCCAAAGGGCCGCUAAGAGGGGGUUCCACUUCCGACGGGUCGACCCCUCGCACACCGACCCCAACGAUCCCAACGCACCCGUCUUUGAACGCGUGGAUCCGCCCCAACAGCCUCUUCUCUAUAACCCUAAUGCGAGUCAAUCAGUGCUGACACACAAUACCCGAGCGAUGGCACCGCCGACAGCAACCGCUCCCAAUCCUAACUAUGCCAGUGCCGGACAAAUGGGUAGCGCCUUCCCGUCUCAACAACCCGUCUACUCAUACCCACAGAAUCCCAGCACUAGUAUGGCAGCGGCACAGGGAGCUCAGCAAUCUGGUCAUAGCUAUGGUAAUGCCAACCUAAUCAACAAUUUCAUACCACAGCACAUACACCUUAACAGGUACUACAACCUCAGCUCCAUGUAUCUCAAGCGCAUCCUUUCUCAGCCGACCCGAGAGCACCCGCACCUGACGCUCAUCCAUACCAUACUAACACUCAAUAUGCGGGACAACCAUCUAAGCCAUAACCAUAUAAGCAAUUCUACUAAAUCCAGUCCA